AUCCAGGUGUGCGUCAUCCGGCACCCCCGGACGUUUCUCAGCAAGAUCCUCACCUCCAAGUUCCUGCGGCGGUGGGAGCCGCACCACUUGACCCUGGCGGACAGCGCCGUCGCUUCGGCCACGGUGAGUGGAGCGGGGGACGCGCGCUUCGGGGUGAAAGCGCGGGGUCGCGGCACGGCUCCGUGCCGGGCUUUGGCCGUUAAUUCGGGCUUGCGGCGCCCACCUCCCCUCUCCGCUGUGCCCCCGCGCCCCCGGCAAUCAAUGGGCCCAGGGCGGCGCGCGGGCGCGGCGCGGGAGCGCGCUCCGGGGCUCCGCGUGCGGUUCCGGGCUCCGCGUCGGUGGGGAUCGAACCCCCAAUUCGGGCUGAGGGCCGUUUAACGCAGCGCGCGGCUCUACGCGGAUUCUGACCGGGCUGCGCUUCCAUUGUGCCCCCCUCCUCCCUUUUUAUUUCUCCUUUUUUUUUUUUUUUUUCUUUUCUUUUUUUUUUUUUUUUUUACAUCGUAUGUGAAUGCUUCGUUUUUCUCAAUGGUUUCCUUCUGGGCUUCCUAUAGGACACUCGUGAUAUCAAUGUGCAUUGGCUUUUGUGUGGGUUCCCGGGCAGGGUGAAUGGAGAUGGGCUUCAUCUAGUGUGAGGAGGUUGGAUUUUUUCACGUCAGCGAGUGGUCCCCCUCCAUCUCUCUGCAAACGCGUGUCCCUUCUGCAUCACCCUGCAAAUUACACGUCCCUUUUGCAUUGCUUUGCAAAUACAGAUCCCUUCUGCAUCGCUCUGUAAACGCACGUUCCUUCUGCAUCACCCUGCACAUACACUUCCCCUCCUGCAUUGCACAUCAAACAGAUGUUCCUUCUGCAUCACCCUACAAAUAUAUGCCCUCCCGCACCUCCCUGCAAAUAAAAGAAAGUCCCUUCUUCAUUGCCCUGUAAAUGCACAUCCCUCCUUCAUCACCCUACAAACACACGUCCCUCCUGCAUGGCCCUGCAGACACGCGUCCCGUCGUGCUGUGCCUGCAGGUAGGCCAGCUGCCCGUUCUCACGGUGCUCCUCGUGCCACACUGACACCUCCGUACUGCCUGCGCCGUGCUGCUGGGGGUGUUUGCAAGGGCAUGUGGUCCUUUGCUCUGUAGAAGUGCUGUAUGAAGGAGAAGGAAGCCUUGGGCGAGUGUUGCAGGAGGAAGGCCCCAGAAGACGUGGGCAUGAGUAGUUUUUUGCAGUUCCUCGUUUUAAGGAGGUUCCAUCAGCACGAGGGGACGUUGGAUGUGGUGGGGUUGAGGUGAUUUCCCAGCAGCAUCCCCAGCUGGUGGUUGUGUCUGAGCACAGGAGGACACCAGCAAAGAAAUGUGAUGGUGCUCCAGCCAUAGAUCUCUGCAGUGUAGCAAUACUUAGGCAUGAAGUUGUGUUUGUGCAGGAGACGCCAAGCUCUGCUCGCUGGCAGAGCUGCCACCCAAGAAAUCAUCCCCCAAAAGAUUUCUCAAGUCCUGCAGGGUGGUGCUUUAAUUAAUGCGAUGGCAUUCCUAAUUGUUGUAGGCAAAGAAGGAGCGAGUAGAUAGCAAAGCAUUGCGUGUACCGUUUCAGGCUCCAUUUUGUUGAGCAGGGCUCUCUGUGCUCGGUGUUACGCCUUAUCAAUUUUUUUUUUCCAAUGCUGGGUUUCUGAGUAAGUGCUGUGGUUCACGGGGAUAUCUGUGCUUUGGUAUUUGAAAUGCUGUCUGUGUUCUGUAGGAAGUAAAUGGGGGAGUGGGGUGUGAUGUGUGUUCUCGUGUUACCUGAAGGUGAGCACGGUGUGCUCAGCAGGUGUCUUGGUUCCACCAUAUCUCCAUCUUCCUCUUUUUUGGAGAUGAAAAGAUGUGACUUAAGCAAAACGUGUGGUCCCCUUGUGGAAAUGGGGGACGGGCACAAGGCCAGAACCUCCCGGAGCCGUAGGUAGAUAUCGAGAUGCAAUUGAUUUGGUUUUACAGGGCUGAAGGAAAAUAUCCAUCCCUUCCAUCGACGGCGAGCACUGGGAGCGCUCAGCAGCUCUGAUAACAAGGUCAUUUUUACACACAGGGCUUUCCAUAGCCAGGGUGCUUUAUGAGCAGCUGCUAAUUAAUCUUCACAUCGUCUCUCUGCAAAUCCUCUGGCACGACGAGUUUUACUGCAUUCUCUAUAACAUGAAUAAAAUUGAACAGGAGAAUAACAUCACUUUGUUUUGCAUUUGAAAGCUGGAGCGGUGAUGACACCUAAAUCCAGAUCUGGGAGAUGAUGUCUGUGAGUACAGUGCAAGGGUGACUGGGUGAUUCCAGGCAUUUUCUGCCCUUUUCAAUGUCACCUGAAACGUGUGUUUGAAUGGAGGUCUUCUCCACGCAGACUCCUACAUGUUAGCUCGGGGGCUGUGGAGCAGGAGCUGCCUCUCGUUUGUGUAUGGGUUGUUCACUGCUGCUUUUUCUGGUGAAUGCAGUAUGUUCCCACAUCUCAGCAUGAAUAUUGAGACCCUACCUACAGCUUUUUUGCAAGAGGUGGCUACUUCCCAGCCUCGAUUCAGCAGUGAUGUGUUUUGUGCCUGACAAAAUAGCGUUCUUUAAAGAAGCACCAUGCAAGAAUGCAGUGGAACAAGUGUUUGGGACAUCACAUUUUAGCAAAGCACGGAGAGGACAAAUGAAUUUGCUUUACAAAACGUUUUUUCUGGCAUCAUCACGAACGUCUUUCAGUUAAAAUAAGCCCAUGCUCAUCUGAGAGCAGUACUGACAGCGGAGUUCUGAAUUGGUAGAGGGUUCAGUUACAUGGAAACAGAUGAGCUUGUGGAGUUCCACAGUGUAGGUGUCGGUACUUGAUGUGAUUUACAUCGUUUCCUUUGGGUUUCUCAUCUCUCAAAGAACUGGUUACUUAAAAGCAGCGCAGUUUCACCAGUAGCCUUCCAUCCUGCCCAGCCUUCCAUUCCUGCUCUGUUUAAGGGUAUUAUUUCUCAGUGUAGGUAGAUAAAAAUCUGCAUUGCUUUGGUUCAUUUUAUUUCAUUUUUAAUUAAAUGCCAAAGGCCCAGUAGGAAAUUUUGAUACUUACAAACUUUAUGUGCUUGCUUAGGGAUGAAUCUGACUUUCUUCUCCGUGGGAGGAAUGAAGUUUAUUUUAUAAACACUUCCCAAACCCAAAAGUGUUGCCCUUGCUAAUUUUUUUUUCACAAAAAUCUGUCCUUGCGCAGCUUGAAGGGCAACGAUAGUAAAAACAAAGGAAGAAAAUCCAAUUUAAUAUUCCUUCUGCGUUUUUGGGUGUUGUUGUUAUUGAAGAACAAUCAAAUCUUCAGCGGCGAUGUUAAAAUGUAAUGUUCAGUGGUUUGAAGGUGACAGGUGAACCUGAACUUCUGACAUCCUUCUGCCCUGUCCCUUUCAUGCCUCUCUUCUACUCUUCUCUUUCCUGCUUUUUCUUGCCCCAGCAGGGUAAGCUGUUGAGAACAGAUGUUGAGGACAGUGGGUUUUAAGGUACGGGAUUGGCAGGAGGCCCUGCGGUAUGUAUGUACGUGCAGCAGACAAGGAAGGAAUAAAUAAGCAAUUCACUUUUGCUGGCUGGGGAUGACCUCUCUAAUUCCCAUCUGGGAAGAUAAGACAUAAUUAAAACCAUGAAGUUACUCAUUAAUGUCCCUCAAGGAGGUGGAAACUUUGGCUUUUCACGCUCAUUUCAGAUUUCCAGGUUUCUCCUGGGCAGGUGAGUUCAGCGUUGUGUUCAAAGCCGGUGGCAAACCUGAGAAGAUUGGAGUGCAUCUUACAUUAUUUCCAGGGCAAAGAUGAUCUGUGAGAACAAUAGUUUAUUGGCACGAUAACUAAUGGGAAGUGUACUUGACACCAGAACGUGAGUUAGGGAGCUGCAUUUAAUGUUUUCUUCUAGAGGAAAGAACAUACACAAUUAAUAUUAAAUGAGGCAGGGCAGGACGAUCUGUUUCAAAUAGGAGAAGUGGAGUAGAAAAUCGUCUUCUAAUUGUUUUUUAAAAUCCAACGAUUUUGCUGCUGCCUGCGUUUCGGCGUGCUGUUACAUGGCUUUCCUUCCUUCUGUUACAAAGAUAGGGCAAAAAGUCCUAUCAAGGCAGACUCAUUGUUUACUUUAGUGCAGGUUCCCAUUAGUUAGAAAAACACGCUUUUUAAAAUUAAAUUUCCCUUGAAAAACAAUUAGCUCAAGUGGGAAGCAUUAUGCAGAACUCUGAAGUUUCAAAACAGUCUUAUAAGGAGAAUUCUUUUAAAUCUUUCCUGGAAAGGGAAUAUCAUACCAUUAUCCAGACUGAAUCAGAAUGAUAAUGAAUUAGCUAGAAUAACAAUAAAAAAAGUAAACAGUCUGUUCAGUAAACCAAGUGCUGACCUCAGUCAUGGGCUAUUGAUGAGGCUCUGAGAAUGGGGCUUAAAAUGAGCCUGCUGGGCCUGCCAUCGUUACGCACGCAGCAAAUAGGAGUGCAUAAAUAAUGAAGCAAUUUAAAAUACUUCUUUGCAAUCCAGCACAGCAAUAGGAUGUUAAUUUAUGUUCUAAGAUAAUAUUUAUCAUUGUUUUAUACCGGCGGUGGUUGUUUGCAUUCAACAAGAAGUGAUAGCUGUAGGUUUGGGGUGUAUGUGCUCCUUACCCCGUUGCCAUUGAUCAGGUAUUUUCUCUGGGCUUAUCAGGAAAGCAAUGAAUCUUGUCAUUGGCAUGCCACAGGGAUAAGUCAGAAUUCUCUGAGUAGUCAGGACAAAUUGCUCCCUGUUAUCUGUGCUGCUGAAGGUGAGAAUCUGUUUGUGUGGUAAAGGCAGGCAUGUGUGUGCAUUACCAAACCCCACGUUGCUGUUGGUGACUUAAUGGGGUCUUGCUCUGCUGUGAGAAACUUGCUUUACUCAGCCCACAGCUAGGCAUAGGAAAACCUAAAAUGGUAUUUCUUCAAAGUUGCUUAAUGCCUAUCAAACACACCUUUGAACAUAUAGUUCCUACAGCAGUUAAAAAGCAUAUUUACACGUCAGUAGUGUUAAGGUAUGCGUUUAUAUGUUACAGAACCUAUAUAAAAUAUGGAAACAGAAGCUACAUUCAUUGAGAGAGUGAGAGCUCUUGGGGCUGUUAGCGUUAAUACACAGCCAGUAAAUUUUAUGUGUUUAGGAGCAUAAAUAGAAGGGAUACUCAGAAAUACUUCUGCCUCACUUUUCUUUAUGGCUGGGGAGCAAAGAUGCGGUGCUCAGCACCGUGUGGGGUAGCGGUGCCCAGGAGGAGCUGCUCUGCUGCACACUGGGGACCUCAUCCUGCAUCUGCAGGGACCGGCGGAGCUCAGCAUCCCUUUGUGGGGCUGUGAGAUCAGCCUUGUUUGUUUUGUGGUAGCUGGAGGUGGAAAGAGCCUGCGGGAUCGUCAAAGCCUGGGAGCAGUCCUUCUAGGAAAGAAUGUGCAAAGCACAAAAAGAGCGCGUAGUUUGUCAGAGGUCUUAGGCUCAGCCGAGCGCCUGGUCUGUACCAAACUCCCCAGUGACAGACUCAGGUUUGUGUUGUUACAGAGACUGAAGCCUUGGUCCCCAUCAAAGCCAUGGGUAGAAAUGUGUACCUCGAGGGCAGCUUUUGGACAAAAAAGAUGGCAGGCUUAGUACGUAGGGAGGAGUGAUUCUUGGAACUGUUUAAUUUAUCGUACAUUGUUUGUUUAUACAUCUCAGUUUCCUAAAUAACAGGUGAGUUUUAACGUGAUACAGUAAAAUGGCUUCUCUCAUUUCCUUGUGUCUUCUGUGUUAGUAAGCAUAACUGGAUGAAUAGGAUUUGCUCAACUUCCCACAUAGGAUUUAUGGAAGACGUGAUCUACCUCAACUAGUUCAAGCAUUUUGGAUUCUUUAGAAGUAAUUAGACUGUGGGUUGCAUAGGUAGUCUGUGGCUUGUUGGUUAAUGUUUUGAGUAUUGCUAGUUGCAUUGGUUUUGUUCUGUGUCUGCAUGUGUUUAUAGAUAUGUGUGUUUAGUUUCAUAAGCAAUUGCAUAUCGGAAGAUGAUUGAUACCUUAGUGUGCAUAAUCUACAUGGAGCUCUUGUGCACAGGUAUGCCCUCAGUAAAAUAACCUUUCCUUGGGGUCAUGUUGAGAAAAACUGAACUGGGUUGGGGGGCACUUGCUCACUCUAUUGGAACUUUCUGCAGAUUUUCUUGUCUUUUUUUCUUUAACUGGGUUGGGGAACUGAUCUGUUUCAGUGCAGGGUUCCACCAAACGGCUGAGGAAGAAGAGAGGGAAACAUGGAAGGCUGGAGUUGCUGCCAAAAACAAUGUAUUAUUAAAUCAUUGCGUAAAAUUUUCCUGUUUUGCACAAUAUUGAAGAAUGCAGGGGCAAUACCAGGAAAAGGAAAAGACAAUUGAAAAGCAUACAUUAUAACUGAGCACGUCAGUGGUGAGUGAAGUUCAGCUCUUGUGGUUGCAGAGAAAAACAUAAAGUCAGAACCAGAUGCUAAACUAAAAGGCCUUUGCUUCAUGGGCUUAAAAACUAGGAGAAUUUAAAAAUACCUUCCCCAUUUGGGAAAAGGGGGCCCUAUUUCAAAGCCUGGGGACACCCAGAGUUACCAGUGCUGACUUUCCCAUGCUUACAGUCAUUUCUUGACUUUGCCCUUGGGCUGUCGCAUGACUGAUGGGACAGAGCCAUAGAGUGUGAAAUGCAAAAGGAAAUGAGAUGCCAGACAGCAGAUUAAAGUAUGGAGUUAAGUGUGUCUACUAGACAUGUACCUGUUUUUAAUGGAACUUAAGAAGCUCAUCAGGUUGCAGUGACUCAGAUCUGAGCUGGAAGUACACCCAGUGAUGUACAUUGUUGUCUUGCUCUGUUGGCUUUGAUGGGGUAAUGUGAGGAGGGGGAUCACCACUCGCUGCCUGUAAUAUCUGUAGUAGGAUGUAGGGUCCAGGCAGCAUGAGGGGCUCAAUGAGGUCUGCGUGUGGCUGUCGCAUUGGGCUGACCGGGCCAGUGCAGCUCUACAGAAUAGAGCCCCAGUUCUUUGGCUGAUGGACCUGUAGAUGCUGAAAAACCUGCUCUUGGGUGGAUGGCUCUUUUGCAGGAGACAGGCUUACUGGAAAUACCCUUGUGAGAUAGAACCGUAUGGAAACUGCUGCUGUAUGACCCAUUUCAUGCCACAAACACUAUCCCGGAGGGAAGUCAGUAAUGUGACUCCCUUCUAUGGGAAAAAAAUGUGGCUGAGGACACGAGGACUGCUCACCAGAAUCUAAUAGCCCUGGCAAGGACAGCACUGAACACCUCCUUCAAGGUGUAGUAGAUCAAAGAUUUAUUUUGGACCUUUGUAUCCUGCAAAGCUGGGGAAAAAACAUGGAAUCUGCUGCAAUGUAUUGGCACUUAAUUAUCCAGUAGGGUUGUGGUGCAAUAAACAUUGCCUGAAGAAAGGUGAAUGUAAGAUAUUUAGUUUUUUUUUUGAAAAUCCAUAAUUUAUAUAUAUAUAUUUAAGCCUUGAAGUUGUGUCUGCAAGGUGUAAUAAGAAACAUUUUUUUCUCUUAGCAAUCAGUUACGCUCAUUUUUGAAGGGUAUGUGUCCACAAAUAGGUAUGCAUAUUGUCUGGGUCAGAUUUCUGGUGAUGUCAACCCAAAUAUAAGGCAAGAAUUUUGCAAUCAACAAAGUCGUUUCAUACUUUAUUUGUUUAUAAACAUAUGAAUUAGCUAAAUGCAUGUGCAGGAUGGUUUUAAAAAUAAAACUCUUCGUUUUCAUAAACUGCUUGAAGGUAUCCACGGUGUGUUCCCAACAGUACAUUUGGAAUUUUCUCAGCAUUGAAGCUGUGAUUGUGCUGUGGUUUGGAAGGCAGAGUUCCUUUCCUCCCAGCCUAUGUCUGUUUUGGCUAUUUAAAUAUAAGCUUUUGGGGUCACCAGGUGUCUCUUACCAGUCUGGUUCCUGUUGUAAUGGGGUUCUGUUGCACCACAAAGGUUUUUGUUUGCUACUUCAACACAGUUAGUGUGUAUUGUGAGCAGGCUGUGUUCUUGUUUCAUCUGUGCAAGCACAUAAAUAAGACCAGGAUGACUUUGUUAUCCAUUUUCAGGCAUGGGCAUUAUUAAUAGUGAAGUAGAAACUGCUAUUAUUUUUUUUUAAAGCACUGCUCUGGAAAUUGCCCAGUGAAAUCCAAAUUUUCAAUCAAAAUGCUAAGGGUGUAUAAGUUUUCUUUCCCAAAAAUAUGAAUGUUUGACCUUCUGUGAACAACGAAAAUAAAAAGUGAGGAUUAUUUUUGGCCCUUGAAGCAAUCAGAAUAUGUGAUUUUUGGAUGUAGCGUAGUGCUUCAGUUUUGCAAAUGCUUGGAUUUUGACUUUGCUGUGGUCCAACUCAAAAGGCAUUCUGGUCAAUGUUUUUGUACCCGGGAAAGCAAGGAGUCAGAGAUGACACUUCUCAGACAAUGUCUGCUGCCAUCGGUUCACGCUUUACCUGCAGCUCCUUGGGAGAGGUACAUCUAUGGUUGCCCCUGUAGCAUCCUAAGUGGGACGCCAGGAACCUGUGGCAUCUCCUGCUAGCUUUGACUCAAAUGCCUUGACGUAAUGUUUAUGAUAAAUCAGGUGGGGUUGGAACAGAAAUGAAGAGUCUUUGGCCACCAGGCCACGUGGGCUCUUCUGAUGUCUAUAGCCACUUAUAUUCUUAAUGUUUGUAAAUGUCAUAAGAAAUCAGUAGAGGUGUGGGAGAGUGACACCAGAAUGUGGCCCGCAGGGUUGUGCUUUUCUUAGUGCCUUUCAGUCUUCCUGCAGAGAAAGUACCUGCUGGGGAGCCAGGAGCAAUCACUUCAAGGCUCUUGCUGCGUGUGUGUUUUGUACAUUAUUGUAGUAGUCUCUUCUGGCAACCUACCACUAUACUUGUACUUUAGGGGAUAUUAAGGUUGAUUUCAGAAGAGUAAGGAGUAAGUCAGGGAAACCUCGACUGCGCUGGCAUUUUCAUCGUGAGAGUGAUGUUGCAAAGGUACCAUAGAAUCAGUGUUGUGAUGAAAAACGAUCAGCAGUUUGCUCUCCUUCUCAUGCCUAGCGUUUAAUACUCAAACAUCCUGAGGUUGAGCUCUUAAAUUUGGGAAUUGUUUGAGAAGAAUAUGAUUGCAGAGGCAUCUCAAAACAUGUUUUCCUCUACUGUGCUGUGAGCUGUCAACAGAAUGGAAACUGAAAGUAGAAAGUUGUGUGGCCUCUUACCUACUGGGUCUAUGCACUGGGCUCAAAUGGUACGAACUGAUGCAAAUCUGUAGGCUUUUCCCCUCGAGCUGAGAUCUGUUGUUCCAGUGGGUGAUCUGAGCAUUGAGCUGUUCCUGACAGCUUGGAGAGACUGUUGGACAAGGAAAGCUUUCUUUGCCCUGGUUGUUACGAUGCCAAACCGGGCAUUGGGUGUUGGUGACGGAGAGCUGUGAGUGUGAGGCUCCCUAGGAUGCUCCAUCUCCAGGAUGCCCCAAUGGUGUUCUGCUAUCUGAGCAUUCCUUCAGUGUCCCAGCUCUGAGAGACACUGGGAGGAGGGAACUGACUUUCAAGAACAGCAGCAUUUGCUUUUGCAGCAUAGAUUUCCAUCUGCUUCCAUGGGCUUUAUUGAAUGAGAUCCACCAUUGUCUUUGCUGUACUGUUCUGCAGCCAAAUGUCUGUAUUUUGGGUACGAACUGACUGUUGAUGGCUUUUGGAAGAUGUAGCAAGUACAGUGCUCCUUAUCUGAGAACAGCAUAGACCAGGGAGGGCUAUUUGUAUGUCUGGGAAAAGAGAAAGAAACAUCAUGUUACAGACAUAACUCUGUCAUUGUUUAAACCAGAAGAAAAUCCAUGCAGUUGCUGUAAACUGCUACCUUUAGUGAAGGUGUUACGGUGCCGUGAUUACGGGAUUGGAAAAGGAGCUAAAGCUCCUUUUUUUUUCAGUGCAGGAGGACUGAUGUUGCUUCAUAUGCUUCUUACAAAAGGGAUAGCAGCUCCAGCUGUGCACUAAGGGCUCCACGUACAAUUCCGAGUCCUUUCUGUUUCAAAACACAUGCAGAAUAUUUUCCUUCUCAGCAUAUGGAACUGAGGAGCACUGAUGAAAGACGUUACAAAAGAGCAAGUCGUUAGUCAUUACUUUGUUUAGUUCUUCUUUCAGCUCUUUGUUGUUAUCUCAGACCCAUAUUUUUUGUCACUGCCAUUGAGUGACUUUUGAGGAAAGUUUUAACAUUUUUAGUCAAAGAGCCUCUGACAUCCAUGGAUGCAGAAGGGGCUCUUUUUCCUCUCCCAAGGCACAAGAGGCUUGAGUGGAGCCCUGGCACUGACAAUCACUGCUGCUUUGCAAUACAAUGAUGUGGACGUUGAAAAAAAACAUAAAACUUGUGCUGGCACAGAACUUUGUUACUGAAGGUGAAAGUACAGACACAGUCAGCAUGUCUGGUCGGACUGAAAACACAUUUUGUAAGGUUAGAUAAUUCAUCUUUUGUGAUUGCAGUGAAUGAAGCAGGAAAUAAAGCUGGAAAGGCUUGAAAUGAGGAGCAGCGUGCAGGACCAGACAUGCACUUUGGUAUUAAAUAUUGACAUACCCUUUCUAGGUAACCACUUUUCCUUUGCAUCCCGGCAUUUGUCUGAAGACCAUAAUGCCUUCUUGUCACACGUUUAUGGAGAAAAAGUUACUGGCAUUUAGAAAUAUUCCUCAUGUCUUCUCUUCUAACACUAACGUAUGCUUCUUUCAGUGCUACGUCACUGCCUCCCUUGAAAUUAAUCUCGUCUGAUUUAUUGCAAGUUAUUUCGAAUGUCCCCAGUGACUUGCAUUGACUAAUGUACUUUAAAUCUGGUGAAAUCAAAUCUGCCGUGGGAGUUGACCAUGUAUGAAGCUGCUCGCUCGUGGAGGCGGACGACAUGGGAAAGCACCGAGCCCUUCCUGGUGCUCUCCUGAAUAGGGCCAUCCUCUGUUGGUUUGAACCCAAGCUGUUUCUAGGACAAGGCCUGGGUUGGUGGGUUUUAUACCCGGCCUAAGCUGGGAUUGGGGCAGUGCUAGCUCUUGUGUAUUACCUGUCCGUUUGGUAUGUCUGAGUGGGUUGAAGGUGGCAGAGAAUGCAAGGAAAGGUCGAUGUGAAGCAGCUUGCAGUAGGGCUGGGAUCUGUGUGCUCCUGCUGAGAAGUCUCCGAGGUGGUGGCUGCGUGUGCCUUUGCUUGGCCGUGAUGGUGGUGACUCACUGUGUGGGGCUGAAGUCCAUAGCCCAGCUCCUUUCCCUGCUGCACAGCCUGCAGCCUGCGAGGCCCCUGCUGUCUGCCAGCCCUUCUGAAUGCCGCUGGAAAAAUGAUGGAAAUGCUUAAAUGCAGUGGAUUAUGCGUUUCCUAGUGCCUCUUCACUUAUCGCGCUCACUCCGACUGAGAUAAAGAUGCAAUGUUGUGUUACAUUAUCUAGCUUUAACGUCAAGCGUUUGGGAGGUUGUGUCUCUUUACUUGUCAGACUUUCAUAGAAGAAAUAGGAAAAAUAAAGCACCCUGUGCAUCUUCCUGCCUGUACAGUGUGUACCUGCAGAUCUUGUGAGCGCUGCUGUCUUGAGACCCUUGUGUCUGCUCCGAGGCUCUCGCUGUGCUCAGAUUUCACAUUGCCAGAUUUUUUUUGCAUUGGUAAGAAAAUCCUGUACAAACAAUGCUCUGCUGUUUCCAAACACUGCAAAGUUUUCCCCUUUGCUUCCUGUUUUUGUAGCGUGUUUGUGAAAAGACCUUGUCUCUGCAUUGGAGUUAGCAUUCAUGUAGAUGCGCUCAGCGUUAGCCACCGUGUUCCAGCACGCAGGGGCCCGAGCUUCUCUUCAGCAAAUGUUAUUACUCUUUAUUAAUGGCGAGACUAGAUUAAGAAAGACUCGUGCAUGUAAAAGUGAAAGCACAGGCAGUGUUAAAUUGUGCAGUCAUGAGCUUGUUAUUUCCCCUCCCCCCGAGCAUGCAAGCCAGUUAGUAACCUAGUGAUCUAUACAUGAGGCUUUAAUUGGAUAUAUGCCCAGAGUGCAGAUUAAUAUGGAAAAGCUAUAAAGGCAUGGGUUCACAAACUUUAUUUGACCACAUGAGGACUGUCUGCAUGAUCCCAUGUGGAAUGUGCGAGGGAUUCUCAAAACAAAGAAAUACCUUCAUGUACUCGGGCAGAGCUGCAUGUGCGAGCCACAGGGUACAGAGGUGAUGUCUUGGCGUGGAAGUGAAUAGGCUGUUGAUGAAAUAGCACUUCAUCAGCACAGUAUUCACUGUGUGCUUCGUGCUUUAAGCAGGGCCGAGGUGCGUCUGGAGUUUCCGUGUUGUUUACCUGCCUUCAUUUCUGAAAUUGCUGAAGUUUUCUUUUUAUGAUUGGAUAUAAUCUUGGCCUCCUUUGGAGGUGAGGGGGAAGAAUCUCCCUGCAGUGAAGUGGAAGCAAGCAGAUGUCUUGACUACAGCUGGCUAGAGAUGAAUCAUUUUGUGUAAACUUGCCUGGAGAACAUGAUCUUUUUCCUCUAUAAACCUACACUCCAGAGGGAAGGGAGAAUCCUCAUUAGUCAGUGACACCCUCCUGGCCUAAAAUUCCAGUGAUUCUAGUUUGCAGAUCACAUGCACAGACUACAAGCUGUAUUCAGCAAAGGCUUUCUUCAAGUUGUAACACAGAUUUUCUGCCUCUUCUGGCAAAAAUACUUCUAGGUGAGAAUUAUCGUAUCCCUAAGUGUGUGGAAGCAGUGACAGUCCACCUCUGUGACCCCAGAGCAGUUCAGUAACGAAGAAACCUGUUCUAAACUGGCAUAGCAUUGCAGUGAGGAGUUGAGUUGCGUGGGAGAGCCCUGACGUCCAACUGGGUACAUGGAAAACUCCAUUUCCUACAGUGCUAUUGAAGAUGUUCAACUGCUGUCCUGGGAGAAUGCCCCUAAGUACUGUUUACAGCUCACGAUCCCGGGGGGUACUGUCUUACUUCAGGCUGCAAACAGUUACCUGAGGGAUCAGUGGUUCCAUUCUUUGCAGUGGAAGAAGAAGAUAUACAAGUACAAGAAGGUGCUCAGCAACCCCAGCCGCUGGGAGGUGGUGCUGAAGGAGAUCAGGACGCUGGUGGAUAUGGCACUGACGUCUCCGCUCCAGGAUGAUUCUAUUCACCAAGCACCACUGGAGAUUGUCUCAAAACUGCUCUCAGAGAACAACAACUUAACCACUCAAGAUCAUGAGAGCAUUAUUGUGGCAAUUGCACCUUUGCUGGAAAACAACCAUCCUCCUCCUGACCUCUGUGAAUUCUUCUGCAAGCACUGCCGAGAGCGCCCACGGUCAAUGGUUGUGAUAGAAGUGUUCACACCAGUGGUACAGCGGAUUCUCAAACACAACAUGGCAUGUUUCACCGUCUUCACUGAGUCUCUCCUUUUUGGACAGGAUUUUGGGAAAUGCCCUCGAUUGCGUCUGUUUACUCAGGAGUACAUUCUGGCUUUGAAUGAGCUGAAUGCUGGAAUGGAGGUGGUGAAGAAGUUUAUUCAUAGCAUGCACGGUCCGACUGGACAAUGCCCCCAUCCUAGGGUUCUGCCAAAUCUUGUAGCUGUCUGCUUAGCAGCCAUUUAUUCAUGUUACGAGGAGUUUAUCAACAGUCGAGACAAUUCACCAAGCCUGAAGGAAAUUCGGAAUGGCUGCCAGCAGCAGUGUGACCGAAAGCCUAAUCUCCCCCUCCGCCUUCUUCACACAAGUCCUGACCUGGUCUCUCAGGAGGCUACCUUGACUGAAUCCCGGCUCAAGCCAGUCAUUGUCACUUCGAAUGAAAUCCACGUGGAAGUGGAGCGCAACAACACGGCUAAUCAGAAGAUGACAGCCAACGUGGGCAAUGACAGCGAGCCCAACCUGAUUGACUGCUUGAUGGUCAGUCCCACCUGCAGCACCAUGAGCAUUGAGCUGAGCGCCCAGGCAGACAGGAUCCUUGGCUGCUAUGUGGAAAUACUCAAGAUGCUGUCAGACUAUGAUGACUGGAGACCAGCCCUGGCCAGCUUGCUUCAACCUAUCCCGUUUCCCAAGGAGGCACUUGCACAUGAGAAAUUCACGAAAGAGCUGAAAUAUGUGAUUCAGAGAUUUGCAGAAGACCCAAGACAAGAAGUCCACUCGUGUUUGCUGAGUGUGCGGGCUGGCAAAGAUGGCUGGUUCCAGCUCUACAGCCCUGGAGGAGUGGCAUGUGAUGAUGAUGGAGAGCUGUUUGCCAGUAUGGUUCAUAUUCUAAUGGGAUCUUGCUAUAAAACAAAGAAGUUUCUGCUUUCACUGGCUGAAAAUAAAUUAGGACCUUGCAUGCUGCUGGCCUUGAGGGGUAACCAGACGAUGGUAGAGAUUUUGUGUUUGAUGCUGGAAUACAACAUCAUCGAUAAUAAUGACACCCAGCUCCAGAUCAUCUCUACUCUGGAAAGCACAGACGUGGGAAAGAGAAUGUAUGAACAGCUGUGUGACAGGCAGAGGGAGUUAAAAGAGCUGCAAAGAAAAGGUGGUCCCACGAGGUUAACACUGCCAUCCAAGUCCACAGAUGCAGACCUGGCUCGCUUGCUAAGCUCGGGAUCUUUUGGAAAUUUGGAAAAUCUCAGCCUGGCCUUUACCAAUGUAACAAGUGCUUGUGCUGAGCACCUCAUUAAACUGCCUUCACUCAAGCAGCUGAACCUGUGGUCAACCCAGUUUGGAGACGCAGGGCUGCGGCUCCUGUCUGAACACCUCACGAUGCUGCAAGUGCUCAACCUGUGUGAGACUCCUGUCACGGAUGCCGGGCUGCUGGCCCUCAGUUCCAUGAAGAGCCUGUGUAGUUUAAACAUGAACAGCACCAAACUUUCAGCAGAUACCUAUGAAGAUCUCAAGGCCAAACUGCCCAACCUGAAAGAAGUGGACGUUCGUUACACCGAAGCCUGGUGAACUCUGCCUGCCUCCGACUCUCUUUUGCUUCUGAUGGGAAGGAAAAGAUUUUUAAGACAAAGAGAAGAAAAACAAACCGGAGAAAUAACUUUUGGGCUAAUUCCUGUAGAGCAGUGAGCGCUGGGACGUGGUGGGAAGGUCGCGGUGUGAGGCGGAGGAGUUGUGUGUGUCGGGACAGAGCAGGCCUGGACCCGAAUCCUUGCAGCUUUGUGAUUUCGGAAUCAACAUAAUUUAAAUUGAAAAGGAGAAAAUUAAUUAUAAAAAAAAAAAAAAAAAGAAAAAAAAGAAAGAAAAUUAAAAAAAAAAAAAAGAAAAGAAAGCAAAAUAAAAAGACUUUGUAGCAGCAGCAAAGAGGAUUAUAAAGAGGAAAAAAAAAAAAAAAACACCUUUGUGGAUUUUAUUUGCCUUUGUGUUUUAUGCCGUGUGGAGAAAAAAACAAAUAUAUUCAUUUGUCAUUAUUUACCUGGGUUUCCUUGGCUGGCACCCAUCCGGCCCGAACUCCUCUGUGACCAAUUUUGCUCCCGAAAAUCAAACUUAACAAAAUCUCGAGAGAAGAAAACCAAACGCGAUCUGAUUUCCAGCCCCCCGCCCCGUCCUCGCAGUUGUUAUGCAAAGUAAUUUUGUUGUACAUAAGAUUUACAUAAUGCACCUAUUUAAGAAAAUGGUUCACAAAUAACAGGUCUGGGACCUGUCUUUUAUUUAUGAAUUGUUAAUUCUUUUACCCUUUUUUUUUUUUUGCGUAUAGUACUGUAUAAACCAGUUUGCUGUCUUGUUGUUAUUAUUAUUGUUUUUUAAAGGAAGCGUCCUCCUUGAAGAAUUGCCUUUUAGUAACGCAGACUGUAUUAUAGUCCCUCUGUCACCACAUCCAUCGCUUGUCUUUUUUGAUUUCCAAACGCCUCCGAUGUUACCGACCAGGAAGGAAGGUGCCCACCCAGGGGAUGCUGUUGGGAGGGGGCGCAGGGAUUAAUAAAGCCAGCUUUCCUUCCCAACUGCGGACCGCUUUCUUUUAGUCUCUUCAACCACGCCAGGUUCAGCCAUGGGCAGCAGGGAAAUUCCGCGGUUCGUUUUGCCGUUGGGGCGAUCACAGAACUCUGCUGACUUCACGGAACUCCGCCGUUUUCUGUUUGCGUCCAGUAUUUCAAAACGAGGACAAAAAGAGGCUCUCUCUCCAUGCUGAGCAGCAGCAUUUCGGUUCCAUGUUUUCCCCUCUCCUCCUCCCGCCCGCAGCACAGCUCUGCAUGUUCCCAUCACACCGCCCCGCGUGGACCCCACAGCUCUGACCCCAACACAGGUGGGACGGCCGCAUCUUCGGGAUUUCCUUCCAGUUGCUUAGAAGAUGAUUUGUUUUCACAAACGGGGGUUUCUUUCAUAACGAUGCCAUUGACUUUUGGUUUGUGUUUUCUUUUCGUAACGAGCCUUGGUUGUACAGAGCUGCUUAUUUAAAAAACAUCAUCCAAAACACAGUUUUUUUUUUCCUCUGUUUAACACCUUUGUUUUAUUCUCCGGCACCUCAAGGUUUCACAUACAGCCAAUGUAAUUUUUUAUAUAUAAAUAUAUAUAUAUUUAAUCUUAUUCAAUGGAAGCCAAGCUUUUUUUUUUUUCAUUUUGUCGCUAUGUAGACGAUGAUCCCUACCCCAAAUUAUGGGUUCCCCCCCCCUUUUUUUUUUUUCCUUUUUUAAAUAAACGAAACAGAAGUUGAGUCUUAACUCACGUAGUGUGCCAGGGUUUUUUUUUUUCCCCUUCAGAUCCCAGACUGUACGCAGACGCAGUGUGGGGAGAAAGAAAGAGAGAAAGAAAGAAGAGAAAAAAAACGUCUCUGAAAAGGAAGAAAAAUGACGCCAACGUUUUCCUUAGCACUGUUGCUUUUACCAAUGGUUUACUACUACUGUUCUGUAGCUGUGUACAAAGAGAUGUGAAAUAAUUUCAGGCGAAAAUAAACUGUAAGCGACUAUCUUUUA